ACUGACAACUCAUGGGGCCCCCGGGCAAUAGGGGAUCAUGGGGCCCCUGUGUCCUUGCCCAAACUCAAAAAAGCCUAUGAAAAAGGUACCAGGGGCAUCUCAUGGGGCCCCCUACUGACCCCGGGCACUCGGGCAGUGCCCGAGUUUCCAAAUGGUCAGUCCGCCCCUGCUCUGUAGCUAACAGUAAAAUGUUGCCAGCUGAAGAUUAGCUGUGGAAACAUUGUGUAGCUUCCUUACAGUGCUGGAGCACUGAUAUAGACUGCAAAUAUUGAGCUUUCUGAAUGGCACCCCAACAC